AUGGACGAUAUAAAAAAAAAAAAAAUUUCUUUUGAUAAAAAAUUUACCUUCGAUGAUGGACGACAUAAUGGUAAACCUAUUACUACUAUAGCAAUAUCACCAAAUGAAAAAUACCUUAUUACUUAUAGUGAAAAAGAUCGUUCAAUUGUCGGUUGGAAUGUUGAAGAUAAAGAUAAGGUUCAACUUAAAUUUGAUCAAACUGUUAAAAUUAAUGAAGAUGAAAUCAUUUGUUUAUGUGUUUCUGAUGAUAAGAAACUUGCUUAUAUUAACGUUAAUAAAUAUGGCUAUAUGAUCAAUAUAAUCGAUAUGAAUAAUGAAGAUAAAAAAAUUGCAUUAAGUUUUGAUAAAAAUAUUGAUCCAUUGUAUUGUACCUUUAAUUUAAAAGUUUACUUGUUUUCAAAUGAUUACAUUUGUGAAUGGAAUAUUAAUACUGAAAAACGUGUAAACAUAUUUGUUAAUAAUAAGGAUAAGAAUAAGAUUGAAACAAAAAAUAUUGGAAUAUUCAGUAAUGAAAAGUUUAAUAUUUUAAAAGUCAAUGAUAAAAUCAUCGUUUAUUCAAUUGAAUUGGGAAUUAUUAUUGCUUCUUUGGAUAUAAAUGAUGGUAACCAUUUUUAA